AUGCAGUCUGCCAUCGAUAUGAAUUCAUGUCACCAUUCUUUCGCUCCCCAGGCAGGAAACGGCGUCGACGCUUUCAUUCAUCCACUCGCGUAUGUAAACCGAGACCUAAGUUACGACCCGCUACAUGUCGAUUCUCCUAUUAAUGGAGUAAAUGCGAAUAACCACAUUGGUCUGCUCCCUCACGGUAUCAGCUCAUCGACCCCUGGUGACAAUCGAACGAACCCGGGGAGUGAAAACUUUCGGUUCAAUGUCACUCUCAAGGCAGCCACAGCAAUGGUAAAAGACCCUGAUGAGAUACCCAUUACGUAUCUUAACAAAGGCCAAAUCUACACAAUGUCGGUUCUGGAUACAGCGCCAAUGACAUCAGGCGCACAGCUUUUGAAAUAUCGCACUUUUAUCCGCGUUUCUUUUGAGAAUGAUGAACAACGCUCAAAGCCAGCCAGUUGCUGGCAGUUAUGGAAGGAGCACCGUGGCUCCAACAAAGCUCAUCACCGCGAUGGAAAGCUUUUGGCGGUAGAACACGUGGACCCCAACCAAGGCGGACAUAUCAGACCAUCUCAAGUUCAGCUGGAAACAUCUAAUUUCGACGGGUUUUCUGUUAUCUGGUCCCCGAACCCUGCCAAUGGAAACCCAUGCUGCUCGAUAUUAGUUUGUUUCAAUUUCCUCUCUACCGACUUUAGGCAUCCUAGAGGCGCCAAGGGAAUUCCUGUUAGCCUAUGCGCCAAAACAGAGGUUAUAUCUACCGGCCAUGGAGAUCCACCUCUUGAAGACCGGCCCGAAGUAUGCUAUUGCAAGGUCAAGUUGUUUCGAGAUUCUGGUGCCAAGCGAAAGCUUUCCAAUGAUGUUGCACAUGUCAAGAAGCUUAUUGACAAGCUGAAACAGCAAAUCAGCCAAGCUGAACUCAGGUCUGGCUUCAACAGGAGAAAAAGAAGCGGCUCAUUUGUCAAAGGAAAGAUCACAAAGCAUAAAAGAGCGUGGUCUGGUGAAUUGAGCAAUGAUUCAGGGAAAUCAACUCAAGAAGAGGACCUUCAAAACAAGCUGUGCACAUUUGAAGACAUGUUUUCAUCUACUCGCCCUUUCAGUGCUCUCAAUUCGAAGGGCGAUGCCCAUGAUGACCCAGAUCUCUUCCCAGUCCACCUGGGAAUUACCGAUGAGGGAUUCUCGCACACGAUUGGGUGGGAGUCCCGAAACAAUGCGGACGCAUCCUCAAUAUCAUCUCAGCAUGUCUUAUCACCCACAACUAGCAACCAUUCGCUCAGCUCCUCUCAUAACUCCUUUGACCCCAAGACAGGUUUUCCUCACCAGCCACAAGUCUAUGAGGCCUCCCGUCACGACUCGAUGGAUUGGUCCAGCAUUUCCCAACCAGAUUCCGAUAGCCUACAGCAUAUUAGGAACGACAUGAAUUCAUUUCACCAUUCUCCCCAGGCAGGAAGCGGCGUCGACGCCUUCCAUCAUCCACCCGCAUAUGUUCCGAGCAGUUUCGUAAACCGAGACCCAAGAUAUGACCCACUACAUGUCGAGAAUUCUCCUAUUAAUGGAGUAAAUGCGAAUAACCACAUUGGUUUGCUCCCUCACGGUAUCAGCUUAUCGACCCCUGUUGACAAUCGAACGAACCCGGGGAGUGAAAACUUUCGGUUCAAUGUCACUCUCACUAAUGCCUUCAGCGCCAGCGCCCAUCCCAAUGAAGAUUGGACAAAGAUAUCGGACUUGGCUGAACGACGGCGCAUACAAAAUCGAAUUGCUCAACGGAAGUACCGCAAAAAGCUAGAGCAACAACAUGUUGAGCGUUUCAUAAAUUUCCUAGGGCUUACGAGUGGAAAAGGCGGGAAUGAAUGA